GAGAAUACCGAAAGGGUGAACUUAUAUAACCCAUGGAAACCCCUCCACGAUAACCAAACCACCUCAAUAAACUAUUCCAGAAAAAAAUAAUCACAGAAAACCAUCCCAAAAAAACUAAAACUAUUUUCUAUAUUUCUACAUUUUCACCUUCAUCCAACAAAAAGGUAAUUUUCCGUCCCUUUUAUCCUUAUUCAUAUCCAUUGUGAUUAAUUUAAAUUAACGCGCGACGGCAAUUUACAUCAGCCCGUCGACGACGGGGUUUUUAAGCGCAAUUAACCCUUCAUUUUAGUUGGUGAAUGUGGUUGGUGUCCAAAUGCAACAGUUUGAUGAGCCGGUUGUAUGAAUAAUAACUGGUCGGAAAUUGGACGGGGACCGUUCUAACUAUGUGUACGGGAGGUGCGCGAAGUGGUUUAGGGCCCUCCGGGGUAUGUUCGUGAAGGACGGCUCGCCACGGCUACCCGAACAUCGUCGUACAGUUUCUGGAGGAGGAUCAGCAAGAUUAUUAGGCAAAAAGAACCAUCUAUUAGGUUCUUAUCGACGGCGACGGCGACCUCGUCAUUGGUUUAAUUGCACCAGAAAAAAUCACGAUGACGAGAUUUUUCUUCUUCGACGUUUUGAGAUUUGCAACAUCAGUGAUGGUUGGAACCAUCGUCUUGAGCGUUGGUUGCAAUGAUGUUGUUGUUGACGAUCCUGCCAAAGCCCAAUUCGAAGCUGCCUUUCAAGGUAGAUGUGGUCGAGGUAGCCCUUGCGACCAACUCUGCUAUGAAUUACACGAUGGAAUGUACGAGUGUGACUGUAGGAUGGGUUUUAUAUUGCAGGAGGACGGCUACAGUUGUACAGAACUCAAUUCAACGGCUUCUUCAUUUUAUUCGAUGAACGAAGUGGAUGGUGGUAAUGAAGAGGACGUUUUAUAUCAAAAAGACGCUAUUUUUGAUGUACAUCUUAACGAAAAUUUUACCGAAGACGACGAAAGAAAUUUAAAUAAUACUUUGAAAUCUUCUGAAAAAACCGUUUCCACUUCAACAACGGAAAUUCCAUCAACGGAGAGACCGUGCGUUUUGGAUUGUGGUCCUAACGGGGGUUGCGUUAUUAGCGAAGAAAGUUCAGAACCUGUUUGUUUGUGUCCCUUGGGGAAAGGCGGCGAAAGAUGCGAGAAGGAUUUAGAAAUAAGAUCCCCAAGGUUUACCGGAUCGAGCUGGUUAGCGUUUCCGGCCCUACGAGGCGCCUAUAAGCACGUCCAAGUCAACCUGGAACUGCGUCCUGAGUCGUACGACGGGAUCUUCUUCUUGACGGGCGAAAGAGACGAUAUGGCCGGCGAUUUUAUGGCCUUACUACUCCACCAGGGUUUUAUAGAGUUUAGAUUCGAUUGUGGUUCUGGUGUUGGACUUGUAAGAUCAGAAGAAACUGUUUUGUUAAACCAAUGGAAUCAUAUUACAUUGUACAGGCAUCGAUGGGACGCUUGGUUACAAUUAAACGGAGGGAAGCACAUUCAAGGUAGAUCCAAGGGGUUAUUUUCAAGGAUAACGUUCCGUGAGCCAUUAUUUAUCGGCGGUACGGGUAAUACAACAGGACUUUCGGAGAAAUUACCGGUUUCUGGAGGAUUGAAAGGGUGUAUCAGACACCUAGAAGUAAACGAUCACCUCUACAAAUUUGCAUUGGAGCCCAGUGGCGAGGCAUCGAAAGGAUUUGGAAUUGAGGAAUGUACAGCAGAUAGGUGUAGUAGAGUACCAUGUCAACACGGUGGAAAAUGUUUAACAAGUGAAACAUCUGCAGUAUGCCUUUGCCCUUUGGGUUUUUCCGGCGAUCUUUGCGAGAUAAGAGUCGACUUAGAAGUACCGUCAUUUAACGGUUCAAGUCAUUUAAGAUACAAAGGAUUAGGUGAAGAAGCCUUAACCUGGUUAGAUCUUCAAGUAACUUUAAAACCAACCGCAGAAGAUGGUUUGAUUCUAUACAACGGUCACCGCGGAAACGGAAUCGGUGAUUUUAUGGCUUUGUAUCUCCGUAAAGGACGUGUUGGUUUCGCGUACGAUCUCGGAACGGGUGUCGCUGAAGCUUCCAGUCAGCACAAAAUAAAUCUGGGCGAAUGGCACGAAGUUAGGAUAUCGCGAACAGGGCGUCUCGCAAUUUUAGAAGUUGACAAUCAAAUUCCGAUCGAAGUCUUAUCCCCGGGGGCGUUCACCCAAUUAUCCUUACCACAAAAUCUCUACUUGGGUGGUGUACCUAAUUUCAAUAUGGUUUCGCCCCAAAUAAAAACUCGCUCUGCCUUCGUUGGUUGCGUUCAAAAAAUUGAAAUCAACGGAAAACCCGUUUCGAUACUCGCAGAAGCUUUAGGGGGCGCCAACGUCGAUAAUUGUCCACAUCCAUGCAUCGCGAAACCUUGUGGAGAAGACGGAGAAUGCGUACCGGAAAUGGAUUAUUUCACGUGUAGAUGUAAACCGGGUUACAGAGAUCAAUUGUGUAGCAGGGGACCACCAGGAUUUAGUGGAACUGACAGUUACUUACAUUUUAAUGAUCCAGCUACACUUACCACCUUGGUAUCGGAUCCAUUAGAUAUUAAUGUCCGAUUUAAAAUAACGGGAAGCGAUGGCUUGAUUUUAUGGAUGGAUUCAGGAUCCGGUGACUUUUUAUCGUUGGGAUUAGAACGAGGGGCGCUCGUCUUGAGGUAUACAGUACGAGCAGAAGAAAUCGUUGUUGUUCAUAAUAGUUCGACGGUUCAUGAUAAUUUAUGGCAUAGAAUUAAAGCAGUUAGGAAUGGUGGAUCUGGUUUAUUAGUUGUAGAUAAUGGUCCAGGUAUAACUCAUCAAUUUGUUGAUGUUCCAUCACAAAGAGCAACACAAGAAGGACUGUUCAUCGGUGGAAUUCCGGAUGAAAAUUUAAGUACUGGUGGUCGUUAUAAAAAUGGUAUAAAAGGAUGCGUUGCUGAUUUAGUUUUAAACACAAAUUUCCGUUUAAAAUUAGUUGGUCACACAGCUGCGAGUAGAAACGUAUUGGAAUGCGAACUUUGAGACGAGAAACACAGCCACAAAUUAAAAAGUUUAUAAUAAAAAAAAAUAUAUCAAGAGCACGCCACAAUAAACUAAAAAUCGAAAGAAAAAAAAUAAACGCUACGCGAAUAAUAUAGUUUCUACUUUUUUAAUGCCCUUCGAAAAGAAAAUUAUGAACAAAUAAGGCUGAUUAACUUAUUUUUUCGAGACGGAUUAUAAGAGAUUAUAAAACAUAGAAUGGGGAAACAACCAAAAACGAAAAUUAUCUAGAAAAAAAAAUGAGAGAGAGACUUGUGAAUUGAGUCAAUAUAGUUUUUUGUGUGUCAAUAUCACUUAAAGAAAAAAAUAUCAGUGGAAACGUUUAAACAAUUUGUGUUUAGAGAAGAAAUAUUAAAAAAAAAAUAAAGUCGAAAAAACAUGUAGAUAGUAAAGAAAAAAGAAAACCUGAAAAAUGAGUAAUGUAACAUUAAUUUUAAGCUUUUUUUUAUACUCAAUUUCUUUAAAAACCCAAUCCUUUUUAUAUAAUGAUCGUAUUGUACGCUAAAUCUUUAAAUUCUAUUUCGUAAAUAAAUUCUUUCCUUACAGAGAUUCAGGAUUUAACACUAAAUUAUAAUUACGACAAAAAAAAGUAUUGUUUUAUUUAAAAAAAAAAGCCUAACUAAAGAUCUAUUCUUUUUUUUUUAUACAGAAAAAAGAAUAAUAACAAAUGUCAAUUGAUAGUGAAAUCCUGAAACUCAUUCUAAAAAGCUCUAAAUUAAUUUAUUAACUUGAGAGAAAAAAUUUGUAUGAAGUCUGUCUUUAACGAAAAAAAAAAAUAAAAUAAAAAAUGAGGAAGGUAAGCACGCAUUUCUCUGUUUAUCAGCAAAACUGCAAUAACUUAAAAAAAUAUCAAGAUGAAAUCAUCAUCAAAGUAGUUGUAAUAAACGGUCCAGUGUAAAAUUCACAUCGUUAUGUAUAAGAAAAAAAUAAAUGAAUUAAUAAAACAGAACAAAAAUACCUAAGAAAAUAUAUUAAGUAUGUAUAUGAAUGACGUAAGUAAAACCUUAUUUGUACAGGUAGGAUAAUUUGUGUGUUAACAAUUACAAAUUGCUUUUGA